GCUGUGCUCGGCCAGCCGUCGCGCUCGCUCUCUCGGAGGGUCCUGCACAGUUGAGGACAGCCCGCCACUCUGACCAUGGCUGAGGAGCUGAUUCUGGAGCGAUGUGACCUGGAGCUGGAGGCCAAUGGCCGUGACCACCACACGGCCGACCUGUGCCGGGAGAGGCUGGUGGUGCGCCGGGGCCAGCCCUUCUGGCUGACGCUGUACUUCGAGGGCCGGGGCUACGAGGCCAGUGCGGACCGCCUCACCUUCUGUGCGGUGACAGGCCCAGCCCCCAGCAAGGAAGCCGGGACCAAGGCCCGAUUCUCACUGUCCGACACUAGGGUGGAGGGUGCCUGGACAGCCACGGUGGCGGACCAGCAGGACAAUACCCUCUCGCUGCUGCUCAGCACCCCGGCCGAUGCCCCCAUUGGCCUGUACCGCCUCACCAUGGAGGCCUCCACCGGCUACCAGGGCUCCAGCUUCACGCUUGGCAACUUCACCCUGCUCUUCAAUUCCUGGUGCCCAGCGGAUGCUGUAUACCAGGACUCAGAUGAGGAACGGCGGGAGUAUGUCCUCACUCAGCAGGGCUUCAUCUACCAGGGCUCGGCCAAGUUCAUCAAGAGCAUACCUUGGAACUUUGGGCAGUUUGAAGAUGGGAUCCUGGACAUCUGCCUGAUGCUCCUGGACGUCAACCCCAAGUUCCUGAAGAAUGCAGGCCGAGACUGCUCCCGCCGCCGCAACCCCGUCUACGUGGGCCGGGUGGUGAGUGGCAUGGUCAACUGCAACGAUGACCAGGGCGUGCUGCUGGGGCGCUGGGACAACAACUACGGGGAUGGCGUGAGCCCCAUGUUCUGGAUCGGCAGCGUGGACAUCCUGCGACGCUGGAAGAGCGACAGCUGCCAGCGUGUCAAGUAUGGCCAGUGCUGGGUCUUCGCCGCUGUGGCCUGCACAGUGCUGCGGUGCCUUGGUAUCCCCACCCGCGUGGUGACCAACUACAACUCCGCCCACGACCAGAACAGCAAUCUGCUCAUCGAGUAUUACCGCAACGAGUCUGGGGAGAUCCAGGGUGGCAAGAGCGAGAUGAUCUGGAACUUCCACUGCUGGGUGGAGUCGUGGAUGACCAGGCCGGACCUGCAGCCGGGGUAUGACGGGUGGCAGGCCCUCGACCCCACGCCCCAGGAGAAGAGCGAAGGGACCUACUGCUGUGGCCCAGUUCCAGUUCGGGCCAUCAAGGAGGGUGACCUGACCCCCAAGUACGACGCACCCUUUGUCUUUGCUGAGGUCAACGCCGACGUGGUGGACUGGAUCCAGCAGGCGGAUGGGUCCAUGCACAAGUCCAUCAACCACUCCCUGGUGGUGGGGCUGAAGAUCAGCACGAAGAGAGUGGGCCGGGACGAGCGGGAGGACAUCACCCACACCUACAAGUACCCCGAGGGCUCCCCAGAGGAAAGGGAAGCCUUCCAGAGGGCCAACCACCUGAACAAGCUGGCUGAUAAAGAGCAGACAGGGCUGGCCAUGCGGAUCCGUGUGGCCGAGAGCAUGAACAUGGGCAGCGACUUCGACGUCUUUGCCUUCAUUACCAACAACACCGCCGAGGACCAUCUUUGCCGCCUCCUGCUCUGCGCCCGCACUGUCAGCUACAACGGGAUCCUGGGGCCAGAAUGUGGCUCCAACCACAUCCUCGAACUUCCCCUGGAGCCCUUCAGUGAGAAGAGCAUUCCCCUUCGCAUCCUCUAUGAGAAGUACUCUGAGUGUCUGACGGAGUCCAACCUCAUCAAGGUGCGGGGCCUCCUCAUGGACCAGGCUACCAGCAACUACGUGCUGGCCGAGCGGGACAUCUACCUGGAGAAUCCAGAAAUCAAGAUCCGGAUCCUGGGCGAGCCCAAGCAGCACCGCAAACUGGUGGCUGAGGUAUCCCUGCGGAACCCACUUAACGUGCCCCUGAUGGGCUGCAUCUUUACCGUGGAGGGGGCAGGCCUGACCGAGGAGCAGAAGACCGUGGAGAUCCCCAACCCUGUGGAAGCAGGGGAGGAAGUCAAGGUCAGGGUGGACCUGAUGCCGCGACUCGUGGGCCGCCACAAGCUGGUCGUGAACUUCGAGAGCGACAAGUUGAAGUCUGUGAAGGGCUUCCGGAAUGUCAUCAUUGGCCCUUCCUAAGGGACCCAGUGCCAGCCCCAACCUAAGCAGCUGAGAGCCCCCACCUUGAUCGCAAUCUUUGUCCCAAACUAAUGAGAAAAUUUGACCCUCCUUGGGCCCAGACCCCAGAGCUGGUGUAGGACGCCAUUGGGGUUCUUUGGAAUAGAAUGUGCUUCUGGCCCAUCUUGUCCCCCUGAGCCUGGUCCUCACCCCCCUGACUUGUGAAGUGUUCUGUGCCUCCCUAUGGGAGCAUUGGGCCUGGGAUGGGGAGGAAGGCCCAGCCUUUCUUGGAGCAAGUGAGAUAGAGGGUGAGAUAGUGCUCCCCAUUGACUAAAUCAAGGAAGUCAGCUCCCUAGAAAGUUCUGUUCCCCUUCCCCACAUUGUGCCUGGGUGCCCAGGUGUUGAUGAGAAGAGGCCCAACAAUAGACCAGGCCCAGGCUUCCUGCCCCAUCCCAGCAGUCCUGGCCCAAAACCCCCCAGCCACUUCACCAUUGUGAGACACCUACUAUGUCCCUGCUUCUUGAGCUUUCUUGUGCCCACUUGGCCACCAACCCAUUUCAUCAUUGCAAGAACCUGCAGAGUGAGAGCUGCUUUCCUGAUGAGGAGGCUGAGGCGCCCAGAGAAGGGUGGCCCACUUCGCAGCACAAAGCUGGUGGGUCUUUGCACAAGUCAGGUGAAGGUGCAGGAAUGGAGCCCAGGUCUUCUGAUUCUGAGCCCAGUGAUACCAUCCCUGAGCUGAGGAUGCCAGAGAGAUCAGCUGGGAACUGACCCAAAAGAACCUGGUUGGGACAGGAGGUGGGUAGAAAGUGGAAGGGUCCAAGCCCAGGGUUCUAGCAAGUCCAACAGCUGCUGUCUCCCCCUCUUUGGACCUCAGUUUCCAGGCCAAAGAAGGGGUUGAACCAGCUCCUCUCUGAGGCCUUCCCAGCUCUGCCCUUUUAUGCUAUGUGACCCAGCCUUGAAAAUUAUAGAAGUCCUACUCCUAGCUCCAUAGAGCCUUAGAUCGAUCACAGGUCCAGCAUAUUUCUGAGCAUGCAACCAUGACCAUGACCACCUGCCCACCCCAGCCCUGUCCACAUACCCUACCUGAAUUCAGACAUCUUUCAGACCCCCAGAAGCCAGUCCUGGAGACCCCUAUUCUCCCCAUGAGCCUACCCACCACAAUGCCUAGACUUCACAGAAGCCUUAGCUGCCUCAGCUGGUCACUAACCCACAGGGUAGUGCCUUGCCACUGCUGUCACAGAGCGGGGUCCUUGGACACAGCCCUUGCCUGGGAUAAGCUCAGGAAGCCCAUGCACAGUCAUCUCUUGACUUGUACCUCCCACCUGACUGGGCUUCCUUGGUCUGAAAGAGAGCAAAGGGGAGAAUUCUUUAUCUGGGCUGGGGUCAUCUCCAGGGUCCCCCCAACCCCAGAGACUUUUUGGGGAAAGUCAUGCUGAUGCACGUAGAACUUCCUGCUUUGCACAGAGAAGGAUCACAAAAUGAGCCGACGUGUAUGUUCUAUAUAAAUAUAGCUUUAUUUUUCCGUGGUUUAUAAAUGCUUUUGAGCAAUAGUAGAUGCUUUUGAGCCACAAAGAGCAAACACUGAAAUAAAAGAGUUUAUUUUUCACAUUCAGACAAGGUCCGAUCUUCUUGCUUUCAAGGCGCGGGGUGGGUGAACUCACUCACCCUGGGACCAACAUUGUCCCACCUAAGCCUUUCCAGGGUCUCAGAUCCAGACCCAGGGCCAAACUGUCAUCCAGAGAGCCACAGAGUCUGGAUCCCUUGCCUGCCUCUUCCUCAAACCAACAGUGAAUCACUGUAUCCUUCCCAGAGCCCUGUGUGCCCUGGUUAACUUCCUAGCAAUGUGGUUCUCUGAGCCUGGAGCACCUGCUUAUCAUUCAAUGCUUGACACAAAAGUGGCUUCCUCUGUGAAGCCCUCCUAGAUUUCUGCUGUGGAUGAGCAGUGGAACAUGGGCCAACUUAACCACUUAGCUCCGUGUUAGUCUAUUUGGCCCCUCCCAACCUGAGAGACCCAACUACAGUCACCAAGUAGCUCUUCAAUAAAUACUGAUCAAUGCUGAUUUGGUAAAUCAGUGUGUUUCAAUUCAACUCCCAGAAGUCUAGCUGUCCAGUAGUCUGCAAAUGCAAGCUGUCCGUGGAAGUUUUU